CUUCUCAGAUGGCUGCAUCAUGACUCUUGCAUCUUUUGGAGCGUCGCUCCGACAAGCCACAACGGCUGUUGGAGUCAAAGAAGAGCCGGGCCUUCCAUUGAGGGGAAAUGUUAGUGUCUUUCCAGCUCCGCAGACCGGAUGCACAGAGAGCCAAAGACCUCAGCAGAGCUUCCGAGUCAGAAAUGCCCAUUGGCUUGACGAGAUGGUCAUCUAAAACAGUGCUCUUAGGCUUUCUGCUGCUUGCCUAUGUGAGCCUCACUGCUCCUGUGGAUGCCCAAGGGAUGAUGCUCCAUCGUCCUGUUCCAGAGGACCUAGAGAGUACAAGUAUGACAAUGAGCACUCCGUACUUCUUGCAACGGCAGAAUGCAUCAGUGAGCGGUGUGAAGUCUGUAGCUGAAGUGACAACAACCAGAGGCACACACCCCAGCAGUGUGAGCUCCACCAGUGCUGCAGGCGUUAUCUCAACUCAACAGCCAGCAGUUAACCACGAGAGGAAAACAGAUGUUAAGAAGACAGAUUGUCAUCAGGAUUUUCUCUGUUAUGAUUAUUACAACUUGCGGAAAUGGGGCUUGAUAGCUGCCGCCAUCCUCUUCAUCCUUGGUAUUCUCAUUCUCACCUGUGGUAAACAUGGGAAAUCCCGAUGCCGAGGGAAGAAGCGGGCAAGAAACUACGAUGUGACACAGGCCUGAAGCCAUUUUGCAUCCUCCCAAGGACUGCACUGAUUGGAAGGAUUGGGAGAACGGGCUGCUUUCAUCUGCAUGUAAAUAGAUCAUGUGAUCUAUUCUUCCCAAAUGGAGAAGUGGUCUCUUAACUUUCCCCCAAAACCAUCCAGCCUCUGCUGGACCUCCCAAUUUGUCCUCUAUCUGCUCCCACAACCUCCGCCCAUUUUUCUUGCCCUGCAAGAAAAGUUGGAUUUUCUUGUGCAACGGCAAGGGAAGUUGUAUUUACAUUAUAUUAAACCAGUCCUGCUAGAGAACAAGAACAUUUGUGAAUUAUUUGCUCUUUUCUUUGUUCAUCCCAAGGUCUGGGGUAGACUCAACCUGCUGCCUGGAUUUCAGGGCAAGGCUGUUGUCACUCUAGGCCAAGAAAAACCCCUCCAUCCUAAUUCUGGGCCAAGAAGUUUCAAAUUCUGUACUCACAAUAAAUUUUUGGUGUGGCUUGUUUUUUCUAA